UGUUGGCGCCAAUGCCCGGUACAGAUGGCAGAUGUUUUGUAACCAGUGCGUACUUGUACACGCUUGGCAAAAUCGUAAGCAAUUUCAAUAAUUUUUUGUGAGCCGCCUAGCCCCCCUAUCGCAAAUCCACAAACGCCGCGUGAAAGCCCACACUUUGCGGAACAUGAAUCUGGUAAAAUUUUCGUUAUUAGCCGAGGCCCGAUGCAGUUGAGGCCGAGUUUGUCGCCGCGAACCCAGCUGCUUUGUAUAAAGUGGUUUGGAAACCAUUUUGUUUAGUAUUCCGGAACAUCUCGUUUUUGAGCCGGUGUUUUCGGAAAUCCCUCCCUUGAGCCAGUAAGACAGUGCAAGACACCCUCGCAAGGAGGCCCGAGCUGCCAGCAGAUCGGCCACCACGUCAAUUUUAAUGAUUUGAUUUGCUAUAAUGCCUCGUCCUUUCCUCCGCACGGAAAGCCCCAGGGGGUACAGAGCUGCCAUGUCCGAGACAACCCCCGACAUGGGCAUCGUCAAGUCCGAGCUGGUGACCAGCCCCCACUUGCUGGACCACGGCUAUGGGGCCACGCCGCAAAACCAGUUGCUCCCGUCGGCGGCUCCGAACGCAACUGCGCCCGUUAAACGCAGACUUAACCUCGAACUCGAGCGGGGGAGAGUGGUGCCUCUGAAGCAGGAGUUCAAGCCGCCGCAGCCCCGGAAGCAAAAACGGCUCACCCCCACGAAGAAAAACACGCGUUAUGACACGUCCUUGGGGCUCCUCACGCAGAAGUUCUCGGCACUGCUUGAGGAAUCCCCCAAUGGGGUUGUCGAUCUGAACAAGGCUUCGCAGCAGCUCAACGUGCAAAAGCGCCGGAUUUACGACAUCACGAACGUGUUGGAGGGCAUUGGCAUUAUUGAGAAAAAGUCCAAGAACAACAUCCAGUGGAAAGCCAGUCGGAAAGACAACGAAAAGUUCCUCAAACUCACCAAGGACCUGCAGGACCUGGAGAACCAGGAAAACGACCUCAACCGAAUGAUCAACACGGUGGCUAAGCAGCUGAUCGGGUUGAACAACGACAAGCACGGGUUUGUCACGUAUCAGGACCUGAGGUCGAUAGAGAAGUUCAAGCAGAACACGGUCAUCGUGGUCAAAGCGCCCCCGAAAACGCAUUUAUCGGUCAAAACCGCGUCCAAAGAGGACGAUAAAUACAGUAUUCAAUUGAAGAGCGACACGGGGGAGAUCGAGGUGUUCCUCUGUCCUGAGUACGUCCCACCUGCCAAACCAAAGACUGAACCGCUCGAAGACGACUUUAAAGAUAUCAAAUUCAGUCCAAGUUUCGAUUUGACUACUCCACCUGUGCCUCUUCUCGACAGUCCUAAAGCACCGCACAAGCAGAUUUCCUCGCAGAUAUGCAGGAACUUAUCAUUUACGAAAGAUCCCGUGGUCAGUGCCCGUACACCAUUAUCAGUACAAAAUCCGUUUACAUAUAAUAACGUUUUAACGUCGUCGCAAGAACCAGCGCCUGGAGAAGUGGACCCGUUACGACUUUCCCCUUACGCGUCAUUGGUGGAUGGUUACCCAACUUGUUUGGAUUCCAGCAGUUUGAAAAUGGGGACGCUACCCCUCAUUAAUGAUAAUGAGGUACUCGGGCCCAUGAUGGGACCUUAUAGCAUGCACACAGGAAACAUACAAACAGGGUAUACAGUUGACUCAUUUUUCUCAAACGAGCCGUUUCUACAUUUGGAACCGCCAGCAAUGCACUCUGAGUAUAACUUCAGUUUGGAUGCAAACGAAGGGUUGCGAGAUCUCUUUGAUUUCUUAUAAAGGAAAUCAGUUUUCAUCAUUGCUCAUGUACAAAUUAUCUGCUUAUGAUCACAUUGAUUGUAACUGUAUCUGGGGUUCUCAAGAUUACUAAAUAGUUUUCGUACUUAAUUGACUAUUGGAAGCUGGAUUUGUACAUAAUCGUAUUAAAAGAUGUAUAUUUUACUGCCCGUGUGUUUAUUUAUGGCACAAAUUUGUAAAUAUCGCAGUGAGUUUUGGAAGUUGUAAUGAAACGGCUCAAACCACAUUCCUAAUUCGAUGUUUUCUCUGGACUAUUUCGUAAUGAUGAGAACCUUGUAUUUGUGUCAUUUCAUUCAUUUUAUAUUUAUUGUUGAGUUAACAUUGGUUAAAUAUUAAAAUUAGAGUUUUACAAAUAUUUUGUAAGGAGAAACUGGACCAAAGUGCCUAUUGUUUGGUCACGAUUAAUAUUUAAUUUUUGAGCAGUCUCAGUGUCAAACUUAUUUAUUCAAACCGACAGAACUUAUCACUACUAUCAAAAGGAGUUAAUAUGAAAUGGAAUCAAAUGGUGCCAUUGGAAAAUCUCUUGUAAAUAUAUUUAUACACGCUUAUGGGGCAUUUUUGUCUGUUUUAAUUCCAUAAUUAGAAGUUUAAGAGAAAAUUAUAUAGAUUUUACCUGCUGUUGUUUUCUUUUUGUUAGUAAAUACAUUGUUUGCACCCACUUCUGGAUCACCUUGCUCUUGUUGUUUUUAAUAAAAUGAUAAUUGCGCUAUUGUUGCAAUAAGUCCGUACUAGUCCUUUUACAGUUGCAAUUUCGUAAGAUUUGUAAUUUUUUGAACAAUAUUUUAAAUCUUGUUUGACUGAGUAUUUAGUAUUGCAAUUUUUGUAGAUGAAGGUGGGUGUUCUUGUUUAUUCAGUACAAUUAUUUUUUAAUUCUAAUUGUUACUUCUUCUGUAAAUAGGUUAUUUUAAUGUUUAUCUUUUAUAUUAUUAUAUAUUAUAAAUGUCCGAAGCCAAUAGAGGCCUUAAAUCAGUUCGGUAGAAACAUCACAUACAGGUGAUCUUUAUCUGAUGCCCUCUUUGACUUGCCUCGGAACCAGCGACUUCAAUUUUAUUGUUUAGGACCGUUCAAGCUUUACUUGUAAAAUAUUCUAUGCAUAUCACUCCAAUUUUUAUCGUUUGUACAACUUAGCUUGAAAUACCGAGUCACAUUUGCCAUCUUAUCAUUUCAGUUUCAGUUUUCUAAUUGGUCGAAAAUUGUAAUAACCAUGCGGAAAACUGAAGAUCUUUGCCAUGCAAGAACUGCAAAUCAUAUCGAAUGUAUUUUUUAUUCGAAGGUGUGGCACGUUUUGGCUGCCCAGUUUUAAAUUUUUAUAGCUUUUUCGAGUUAGAAGUUAUGAGGCGUUAAUAAAAAUCAUUCUGUACAUUUUUAUAAUGUACAUAAAAUUGUAAAUUAAAUAAUAGAUGCACUUACGUUUUGUAUUAUUAAUUUUCCAAUGUCCAGAAUUUAAUUUGACCAACUUCAAGAAAUAAAAAUUGUAGAACAAG